GCGGGGGCGGGCCACGUGUGGCGACCCUACAAAAACGGUGACCUAGCCUUGGAACCCGGCAGGACCUGAGCGGCCUAAGUCCGGGCUCUGAGAGGUGAGUGUCCCCCAGGCCUCUCCAGCGGAGGAGCGGGCCAGGCUGGAACCCGGCGCCUUCCGGGACAUGGCAGCUGUGAAGCCCAGCCUGGGCCGAGUCCUCCCUGGAUCAUCCAUCCUAUUCCUGUGUGACAUGCAGGAGAAGUUCCGACAUAUUGCAUACUUCCCCCAGAUUGUCUCUGUGGCUGCCCGCAUGCUCAAGGCUCAGGCCUUGUCCCCUCCCCUGGCACAGGUGGCCAGGCUGCUGGGGGUGCCCGCCGUGCUGACCGAGCAGUACCCAGCCGGCCUGGGCCCCACGGUGCCUGAGCUGGGGGCUGAGGGCCUGCGGCCGGUGGCCAAAACUUGCUUCAGCAUGGUGCCAGCGGUCCUACAGGAGCUGGACAGCCGGCCCGAGCUGCGUUCUGUGCUCCUCUGUGGCAUUGAGACCCAGGCCUGCAUCCUGGAUCCUGUUGUAACCCGGGGGCGCUCCUGCCUGAUCGGAGCCUCCCUCAUCCCAUCCCAGCUCCCUAGUCCCUCACCCCAGACCCGCGUUCCUGUCUGUGCCCCCAGAACACCACCUUGGACCUCCUGGACCGUGGGCUGCAGGUCCAUGUGGUGGUGGACGCCUGCUCUUCUCGCAGAUCCAGAAGAUCAUCAAGGAGCCUGCCCCGGACAGCGGGCUACUGAGCUUCUUCCAAGGCCAGAACCCCCUCUUCCGCUGAACUCCUCACCCUGAAGACCCCCCUCCUGUCAUGGGACCUCUGUGAAAUCAUUUCACCCCCAUCCUUGGCUCCCAAGAGUGGUGCAGUCCACAGGGAGUACCACCCCCUCGGGAGGGGAGGUGGAGCGCCACCUUGCCAUUGGGCCAGAGCGCCCGGAAAUGCAAAUGAGACUCCUGGAAGCUGUGCGGCAGUUGGCUGAGCAGAGCUGGGGGCGGGGCUCGGCCCCGGGCCACUUCACGAGGCGGGGAGGGGCGGGGGAGGGAGUGUCACAGGCUGUGGAACCCGGACUUGCAGAAUAAACAUUGAUGUGGCUGUGGGCCGAACCAUUC